AUCCAGAUCAUUUAGUUCGUAUCAGUAGAUCGGUGAUGGACUGGAUCCGAUAGCUCAAGCCCACAACAUCUUCGUCUCGUCUUUGGGACCAGAAUUCUGAAGCUUGAGUGCCCUGUGCUUCACCUCCACUGCACUGUUUCGCUCGUUCUCUCGCACUCUCAGCUUAUAUCUCCAUGGCUCCCGUUGCACCUAGAUCCGGUGACGCGAUCUUCGCUAACGUUGAGCGCGUGAAUGCCGAGCUGUUUACCUUGACGUACGGCGCGAUUGUGCGCCAGUUGCUUACGGAUCUGGAGGAGGUCGAGGAGGUUAACAAACAGCUUGAUCAAAUGGGCUAUAAUAUUGGUAUUCGUCUGAUUGAUGAGUUUCUGGCGAAAUCUAACGUUUCUAGAUGUGUUGACUUCAAAGAAACUGCUGAAGUAAUUGCAAAGGUAGGUUUUAAAAUGUUCUUGGGAGUCACGGCAUCUGUAACAAAUUGGGAUGCUGAUGGGACAUGUUGCAGCAUUGUUUUGGAGGACAAUCCUCUGGUAGACUUUGUUGAGCUUCCUGAUACAUGUCAGGGUCUUUAUUAUUGCAACAUCCUAAGUGGAGUUAUCAGAGGUGCCUUAGAGAUGGUAUCCAUGAAGACUGAAGUGACAUGGCUUCGUGAUAUGCUUCGAGGUGAUGAUGCUUUUGAGUUGCAGGUUAAACUCCUGAAGCAAGUUCCGGAAGAGUACCCAUAUAAAGAUGAUGAGUAAAAUGGUAGAUUAUAAUGUUAUAGACGUUCACUGUUUUCUAAUGUUCUCUUUUCUGUUGAGAGCAAACGUAGUGGCAGCUUAUCUUCUCUUUGUUACACAUUCCUUUGGUAUUUUGAAUAUAUAAUUAGUUUUUAUUCAUAAGAAUUUAUAACUAUGUAACAAAAAAAUCAACAUUUGUCAUGAUAUGCCGUUGCAUUUUUCCUCAGUUUAUACAUACAACUAUGCAAACAGGUUACUU